GUCCAAAUCGGUGAGAAAUUUUUGUUUCAGCUGCUAACUCACAGGCCAGGGAUAUCUUGUCUGUGCAUGCAUCGUAGAAAAGCCAGCAGUGGCGACGUCAACACCAGAGGCCUCCAAGAUCCAGGAAACUCAGAACCCUUGGCCCUGAACCAGGGAGAAGUCAUGCCCAGGGGGCCUGCCCCCUCAGGUGACCGGGAGCCACUUGACCAUCCCCCAAGACCGGAAACGCAGCAGCAGCCACUGGGAACGCCCUGCUGUCCUUGGUGUCUCGAGCUAAAGAGAGAAGUAGACGAACUUAAGGAGGAACUUGAUAUGAGGAACCAGGGCCGGAGAGCGGUGUCUUAGUGCAGAUCCCGGGUGGGCACCUGGGGUGGGGGUUGGCUGCAGGUGCGGUGGGCCUGGCAGGGACCAACAUCUCUGUGGGAAGGAGAACCUCUCAGGCCUGGCCCUGGAGCCGGCUCUGCAUGUAC